AUGAGUAUAAGAAUUAAUGAUGAGAAGAUUGAAGGUCAGGAGAUUGAAAAGAAUAGAGAAGUCAGAAGUGUUGGCAGCAUUGCUGGUGUUGGUGAUUACAGCAAUAAGAAGAAACAUAAUUCCAGUGUUGGUGAAUCCAAAAGAGCACUAAACCUAAUUGGAUUGACCAGCACACUGGACAUCAGAUCAUCUUCUUCAAAGGUCUGGAGAGUGUGCACUGCUUAUAAGUGGAAAGCUGAUAAGAUAAGGCCAUUAGCACCUGGAAAAUCUGAUGAAAGCAAGCCAGAAGACCUAGAUAAUUGGGUGGAUGUUUGUUUGAAUAAGUAUUACUCUGAGGAGAAAUACAUCACAUUUAAUUGUGAAUUUGAUGAUUAUAUUAGGCCUAGAAUCACACCCUUUCCUGUUGGAGAACAGCUAACAAAUGAGAGAAUUAAGAAGCUUCAAAUUGGAUUCAAACUAACAAGUCAGAAGAAGGAAUUUUUCAUAUUAGUCCUUUAUAAAUGUGAAGGGGUGUUGGCUUGGUCAUUCAAAGACCUAUAUGAUAUUCAUUCUGAAUACUUGCCUCCCCAGGUUAUUCAGACAGAGCUCCAUAAGAUCUGGCAGACUAAGACUUACUGA